AUGUUGGCAAUGGUAAAGGGAUCUCGUGGUGACCUUAAGAGGCUAUUUUAUGUGUUAAACUUGGUGGUUACCUCCUUUUGUUUUAUUCAUGUUGCUGAUGGCAAAGAGAUCUAUGAUGACCUUAAGUGGUGUUUACCUCCUUUUGUUUUAUUCAUGUUGACGAUGGCAAAGAGAUCUUAUGCUGACCUUAAGAGACUAGUUUAUGUGUUAAACUUGGUGGUUACCUCUUUUUGUUUUAUUCAUGUUGGUGAUGUCAACGGGAUCUAUGAUGACCUUAAGCAACUAUUUUAUGUGUUAAAAGUGGUGUUUAUCUCUCUUUGUUUUAUUCAUGUUGGUCAUGUCAAAGAGAUCUCGUGGUGA